AUGUCAGAAUCAGAUACUUCUAGUAUAACUAAUGCAAGCGAAUCAACCAUCGAGACUUUUGAGUUCGACAAAGUCUUGAAGAGUCUAGAAUUAGCUGUUGAGGAUAUCAAUGAGUCAAAAGAUUAUCUUUCGUAUAGUACUUUGUUAGACAUAUAUUUAAGCGACCCAUACAAGUAUUCAUACGAAGAAAGAGAAGAGCUCUUAGAGCAUUUGCUAACAAUAUUAAACAAUAAUACGGAAUUGACAUACGAAAUUGGAUGGGAUUUACCAAAUUUAUUAAUUCUAUACGUAGACCUGAACUUUCAAUUCGAUGGCUCCAUUAGGAGUUCACCCAAUGUGUAUAAGGUUUUGAAAAUAUUUGAAUGUUUAGCGUUGAAUGGGAAUCCAAAGGAGUUGUUUUUGAAGAGCUGUGAAUUAUUGAAUGAUAUCAAGGUUUCUGACAACAAUACCACAGAUAACAUCGAAUUUAAAGAGAAAUUCUUUGAGAUUAAACUUUACUGUAUUUUUGAAUUAAUCGAUAGUUGCUUAAAGAAAAUCAAGACCUUCUAUCCCUCUAGGUUUUUGUCUAUGACCAUUUCAUCAUUUCUCAAUUCGACGCAGGCGAAUAUGGGUACUUCAAGUUACAAUCAUUUUAUUCUAAAGAGGGCAUAUGUUUUUGCAAGGAGUUAUUCUACGCCCCCUUUCCCUGAUAAAUUCGAUGAUUUGACGAAGGAAGAGGUCGACAAAAUUAAAGCAGAUGAGGACUAUUUGCAACGAAAAUUAUUAACGGGAUUUUUAACAGAAGUUGCAAGCUUAGUCGGUAAAACUACGUCUCUUGAUUAUUCUGUGGAUAUAUUGUCAUACUUUCAGGAACUUAAUAAAAACCCAUCGGGUAAGGCUUUUGCAUAUCGUGCGGACUCUACUUUAAUGGAUAGAUGUACUGAAUUAGCGUUAUCUUUUGAUAUUGAUUUGAGCAAAAUUUUUAAACAGUAUAUCGUUGACUCUCAUAAAAUUUUCCAUUCUUUCGAUUAUACCACAGAUCAGGAUGAACUUAGUGGUGAGAUAUUUGAGAAAGUUAUUGUUGACUACCAAGAAAAUGUAUCGAAUUUUAUUGUGGAUAAUAAUGUGAAGGAACUUAAUAAUUCAGUUAAUGGCUGCUUAAUUUUAUACACUCAUUCUAUUGCUUCGAAGAGGCUUUAUGAUAGAGUAGAAUUGACUUUUAAGGAUGCUUUAGUUCUCACGUUGAGGUCAGUGAUACCAAGCUUAAUACAUCCAUCAUUCAGAUCAAGAGGUGUUGCCGAUGUAUGUUUAUUUUGGUCAUGGCUUGCAAUUCAUAAACUGACUAUAAAUAAUAAAAAAAUCGAAUUAGAAAUAACGAAAAUUCCAAGUACCUUAUUAUCUAUUUAUUAUCAAGCUUUAUUAUUUAUUUGUACCACGUUGCCUUCCGCUUCUAACUUCAGGUAUGGUACGUUAACAUUAUUGACAAAAAUUUUAACAUUAUCACCGGAGGACAUCUCAUUUUCCUUUAUUAAGGAUUCGCUAAUGAAUUGCCCGUAUGAUAACGUCAAAGCUGUCUUGAUUGGCGUGUUGAAAGAAUUGUUGACUAAGGUGAAGCCAACUUCCUUGACUGAAAAUAUGAUGAACUUAAAUAUUAAGGACACGAGUAAGUCAGCUCCGAUAUUACCUAGCCGAGAUGUGUCGAAAAAUUCUAAUAAAUUUCUUACAUUGAAUAAAGAAAAGGCAGAUGAUAUCUUUGAAUUAAUUGAUGAAGCAAUUGAAUUGACGUUCGUGGAAGAUCCUGAAAGUGGCGACAAGGUUAGUGUUGAACUUAAUCAAUCUAAAUUUUCAACUUUAUCUGCUUAUUUGAAUCUUUUGGUCGUUCUUAAAGAUGAUCCUGCUAUUAAAACCGAUCCUUCACGUAUCGAUAAAAUAUUAGAAUUAAUGGAUGAGAAUAUUUCUCAAAUUAAACAGAAUAGAAAGCCUGAUUCAGAUGCCGAUAAAGCGGAACUAAAUGCAGUUGACAUGUUGAACAUUACGCUUGACAGGAUAAGAGCUUAA